AUGGCUGUGGAACUUCGGAUUCAAGAAACAAAGGUACUACUACACAAGAUUGAUGUGACCGAACGCAUUUUCUCAUUGUUCACAUCAAAACCGUUAAUUUCCGCUUUCCUUGGCGCUCAUAAAUCUAGGUUUUCGACAAACACUGUCGCUACGAGAUAUCGUCUCUCUUCAUGUAAAAUAGAAAAAGUUAUGACAACUAUCACUGCGGCUAUUUUCUGUUAUCUAACAAACACUAGCGAGUUUUUGUUGAACAAUCGUACAAUCAGCACUGAGGAGUACUAUAGAAGGUUCUGCUUGGAUCAAAAUGACAUGACGUACGAUGAAGUUCACAACACUCUCGGAUCUUCAAGAGUGGAGUACGCUGUAGUACGUGAUCCUGUCGAAAGAUUUCUGAGUGGUUUUGUUGAUAAAUGUAUAAAUGAAGCUAAAAAAAAUGAACAACGUUGUUUCGGAUGCAAAGGUGACAUGAACUGCUUCGUCGAAAAGAUGUACUCUGUCAUGUUAGCUGCACAACGUGCAAACUCCUCAAAAUAUGACUACGAACUCGCCCACUUUGCUCCACAAACAUGGUACUGCAAUUUCAAAGAUAAUUUUCACUACUACACCACUGUUUCUUAUGAAGAAGGCUUCGAUGGCAUAUUGAAUCUCGCCAAGAACCAUGAAAUGAUUUACGAAAAGGCUGGUGUACCCGAAGAAUUACGGCGGACGAUUUACACAGAACUCCUUGGAGUACCUUCACUUUAUGCGGGAAAUUGUGAAUGCAUACGACACCGAAAGUCCCGACAAAAUUUAUAA